GGCCUGAUUAUGACGUCAUUAUCCUGCGUUUCGAUGUACCGGGGCGAUUCAAACUAGACAAGGAGCUUUCGCUCAUUGUAACUCAAAACUGCGGCUGCAGAUGCUUUAUUAGAAUAUCUGUGAACGGAACAAUGUCUGGAAAAAGCAAAAGUAGGAGCGCAGCAAAUGCGGAUUUAAAAUCUAGCGGUGUAACAUGCGAUGAGCGCAUUUUGCGGGAUUGUCAUCAACUGUACAUCGAACCCGACAGUGGUUUGAUUGCUGUAGCUGAGUCUGUGGGUGUAAAGUUGCUGCCCCCCAGGAAGAAAAUUACUGUCAUGCUGAUGGGCAAUCACUCUGCUGGGAAAAGCUCAUUCAUCAACUGGUAUGUCGAAGAGCAUAUUCAGCGCACUGGUGUUGCUAUCGAGACACAGGGAUUUAGUUUCGUUACAAGUGGGCGAAAGCGAGAAUCCCUCACAGGAAAUGCCACCCUUCAUUUAUAUCCCCACUUCAAGCCUCUGCAAGAGUUUAAAGGCGUAGCAGAGUAUCUGAGCACAGAAAUCUGCACGUCACGGCAGAAACGUUUCAGCCUGGUGACUUUUGUGGAUUCGCCUGGGUUGGUGGAUGGUGAUAUGAAGUAUCCCUUUAACGUGGAUGAAGUUGUCCUGUGGCUAGGUGAUCUCUGUGACUUGAUUCUGGUCUUCUUUGACCCGAUGGGUCAGGCUCUCUGCAAACGUACCCUGAACAUUGUGGAGGCCCUGAAUGACAAACAAGGAGAUCGUCUGCGUUUCUACCUCAGUAAGGCGGAUGAGGCCGGGGGAGAGUCUGACAGACAGAGAGUAAUGAUGCAGAUUGUCCAGGAGCUCUGUAAACGACCAGGACUGAACAAAUGCGGUUUUGACAUGCCCACCAUCUACGUUCCUAAUCCAAACAAGCCGAGCCGCUGUGUCAACCAGAUUGAGGAGGUGUGUCGCACCAUUGACAAGACCAUCAAUCAGACAGUUCAGAAUACACUCAACUCUCUGGAAAAAGAUUGUGACAUCAUUAGUGAAGCCAUCACUGAUAAAAUAACAAAUGACAGGCAGAUCAGCAUUGAGAACCGAAGGGCGCGCUGCAAGAGCUGUUUCCUGACGCUACUGGGCUUCAGCAUCCCCAUGACUCUUUUGGCUGUAUUGCUACUGGGCACUCUGUCCAAGGAGGUUCUGGAGAUAGCUUUGGGCAGCAAAGGAAUCGAAGCCCUGUCUCUUUAUUUGGUUCCCGCAGUACAUUUAUUUGAAGCGAUGCCUCGAGAACAGCAGAUUUACGGCUGCGGUGGGAUGGUCCUGGCCUCUUUCCUCCUACUCAUUAUUUCACGAUUCUCUUUCAGGACUCAACCAACUAUGUCAGGAAAGCAGAAAAGACAGUUGCAAGAGAAGUUGGACUUUGUUCAGGAGGUGGCAAAGACCAAAAAGAAAAAGCUGUACGAAGAUUAUCUGCGGCAGAGUGUCAGCGAUCAUGACAUGAAUUAAAGACUGAAAUAGACAACUCGGACCAAACAUAAAUCAACAACACUGCCACCUGGACACAGCAAUAACUUGUGAUGAGAUUUUGUUUGAAGUACACCCACGGAAAUGUCCUCCAUAGACCUUUUUUGAUUUAGACAUUACUUCUGUGAAAUAUUACCUAAGAGAAAGGCCUCGUAGCAAACAGGCCUUAUGACUUUUUAUUCAUUAUCUAUGGACAAUUUAUAUUUGUCGACUGAAUCACGAUUGUCACAUCGAUACCACUCUACAGUAUAUAGAAUAACUUUUGCAAAGCAUUUAUAGUAUUUCUUUGUCAAUGGUACUGAACUUUGGGGUAAUAAUCAUAUGGCACUGGUUUAGUAUAAGUUACUGCUCUUUUGUUUUUUACACUUACCGGAAUUUUAUAGUGUUUUGCUAGGAGGAAUCGAAUACUGUAUUCAUUUCAGCUUUUUACAUUCCCUUUUUUCCCCCAAAAGCUUAACUAAAAGAAAUAAAAUGCUCAACUUACAAAACA